UGUAAUUAUCUCUUUUAAUUUCUUCAAUCUCAAAAGGCCCUCUCGUUUUCGUUCCCGCCACAAACACCUCCUCCUCCCUCUCUUUCUCUGAAAAAUAUAAAUUAAAUAUUUUGCCGCUAAUUUACUGUCGCCUUUUCGAAAGCUCAGACCUAAAACAUGACGAAGUCUCCGAAAGUCCCCGGAGAAACAAAACCCAGUGGAGCGGCGGAGAAGCCAGACGAUCUCGAAAUCACAUCCAUCGGCUCCCUCUACACCGGACCUUGGGACAAGAAGUACUGGAGCUCCUCCCGGGGGAAAGAUCGGUAUCCGUAUCCGGUUGGGUAUCAGGCGGUUCGAGCUCACAAUGGGAGCACAUAUAAGACGGAGAUUCAAGAAGGUCCUAAAGGACCUUUAUUUUCGAUUAUUUGUGCUGAUGGACAAUCCUGUUCUGGGCAAACCCCAGAUAUGGCAUGGGAGAAAUUUCAGAAGACAUUUUUUCCCCGGUUGAAGAUUUGGCACGGGAAGAGGUUUUCGUGCAAGAUUGAUGGUGUGGAGUUUUUUGGCUUCAAAAAUCCAUUUGUCCAGAGGUUACUUCGGGAGAUGGCAGCAAAUGUUAAUGGAACAGCAGAAAGGAGUUUGUUACCUUUGAGCUUCUGUAACAGGGCCUCUGGAACAGAUGUCGAUAAUCAUUCCCCAGAGCCAUGUUCAUUCGUGGCAACACCACGAAUCACAGGGAAGAGAAGUAGGAGACGUGAACUUGUAAAUUCGAAGUCAUUCAGUUCGGCUAGCAUUAGAAGAAGCAGACCUGAAUAUCUGGCAUCUGUAGCUGAGGCUUCAAAAGGGAAGAAGAGAUAUCAUAAUAAUGGGAAGAAUGCUGUGAAUGAAGAUGACAUUUGUAAAUAUCUGAAGGUAUUGCCACCAUUACCUGCUCAUCAAGAAGAGAGUGAGUUUUCAGCCAAAGAUAGUUUGCCAUUAGAUUUUGCUGGCGUCUCCAAUCAUAUCAGGAAGGAUGCUGUUCAUAAAGACACAAGGCUUUUUACAAGUUCUGGAAAUUGUAAAUCUACUGGGCUAGCUUGCAACUUGUCUGCAAAUGAAGAUAAACGUCUUGAUAGGUCUCAAGAUGCGGAUCCAAUGGAACUAGAAGACAAAAAUGUAGAUGCUACAGUGCCAAAAGAUUCUGAAGGUCUUACUGAUGUUGGCCUUUAUGCUCCAGAUACCCUUGAUUUAACACAGGAUAAGACUUCUGAUUCUGCUCCAACCAUCCAGGAUAGAAGUGCCUUGAAGGUGGUCAUUCCUGAAGGGUUGCUGACAGAAUCACAUCCAAAAGUCUCGCCACCAUUAGUGCAUUUAGUACCUGCUCAUCACGAAGAGAGUGACUUUUCAGCCAAAGAUAGUUUACCACUGGAUUCUGUUUGCUUCUCCAAUCAUCUCAGGAAGGAUUCUGCCCAUGAAGAAGCCAUGCUUUUGGAUUGUUCUGGAAGUUGUAAAUCUACUGUGUUAGCCAGCAACUUGCCUGUAGAUGAAGGAAAACCUCAUGACAGGUAUCAAGAUUUCGACCUGAUGGCACCAGAAGAUAAAAAUAUGGAUUCUACAAUACCAAAAGAUUCCGAAGCUCUUACUGAUCUUUGUGCUCCUGAUACCUUAGAUUUUACACAGGAUAAUAUUUCUGAAUCUGCUUCAACUAUCCAGGAUAGAAGUGCCUUGAAUGUGGUCAUUUCUGAAGGUUUGGUGACUGAAUCACACCCAGAACAAGAAACAGACGCUUCUAAACCAAAUGCAAGUUCUGAAAUUAAUGAUUUUGAUUCAGUUGGACAAGAAAUGGCCAAGUCAAUGAUGGCAUUUCUUCUUCCACAAGCUAUUCCUUUCCUGAAGAAGGGUUCGAGAAAGGAAAAGGGUACUGUUAGCCCUUCAGAAAUUCUGCGUUGUAUGGUGAAAUCUCAAGAGGAAAUUAAUGAAACCAGUGCUCCAUCCCCUGGUGUAAUGCUUGCUGCAACUAAAGAUGCUGAGGAAGAAGGGAUGUAUAUCCUAAAUAGCGAUCUUGGUUCAAUUGUUCCAAUAAGGUCUAUUGUUCCUGACAGUUUAGAGGGUGAUCAAUAUGGUGACCGUGUAGUCAACCACAUGAUAUGUUCCUCUGAUAAGGCUGAAGCUGAUGAAGAUACUUCUGAUGAUGCAUGCCUUCUCAACAGUUAUGGGCAAGUUGUUUCUGUUAAUAAGCAUAACAAAUCAUUAGAUAAUCAUCUUGAGAUCAAUGGAAGCAAAUAUAUCUUUCCCUAUAAGGAUGUAUGCAUGGAUUCUACUGGGAGGCUUGAGGAAUGUGACACAUACAUAUCUGGGUCUAUACCAGUUUGUACAUCUCCUCAUAACAGAGUCGUUUCUGAAGAAAUCAGGGAUGAAUUUGCUAAUAGGGAUGGAUGCUCACUCGGUGUUAUCCAAUCUAAGCAAAGCAAUGAAACUUCAGUUAAUCUCCCUGAAGGUUAUGAACAAAUUAGUGAUCCGAACUCCAUAUUUUUUUUUUCCAACUCUAUGUGCACUGUUUCUUAUGAAAUUCUAGCUAACUCAAGUACUGAUUCUGGUUAUUCAACGAUAGAUGUAAUUGAUGAUAACCAAAGAGGCAUGUUGAAUUCUUCAAAAACAUCAGAGAAUGAAAAUGCUGAUAAGAGAACUGUUGCAGAAAUUGGAAAUGAGUCGUUUACUAAAGUUUCAAACUUAGUAUAUACCAGGAGGAAAGUUCACAAAGGAAAUUACAGUGCUCCGUUCUCAGAGAGUAUAGUAUGCAGAAAUAAUGGUGAUAUUUAUGUGCCUGAAUCAUACCCUUCCACAGAGACUUUGCUUGCGUUGGAGACUUUGCAAAUGGGUUCUUCUGAUGACACUUCAAAUAAGAGAGAUUCAUUCUGUGCUGAAGCCAAGAUUGGGGUACAUUCCAGUUGUUUGAAUGCAGAGAAACCUUCCACAAUAUCUCAAGGUCCCAUAAACAGUAGUGUUCCUGCUGCAUUACAAGAUCAAGCAUUAUUUGUUGCCUCUGGAGAAAAAGAUACUUCGUACUCACUUGAUUUGCCUGUUUCACGUGUAGAAAACCAUGUUGACAAGGAUGUGGUUGAACACGAGAACCUCCUCAAGUUAAACAACUCUGAAACAUCUCAGAAACAGGGGAUGAGCAUCAUUCAUGAUCACAAUAGUAUUCCACAUCAUUCAGACUCGAAGUCUCACAGUAUGGAAUUUAAUAACGAACUAGCGGGCAAUCUUGAGUUUGUGGGAUGUUAUUCCCAUCAAAGUCCUGUUUUGUCAGCAUUGUUGAGUGCAAAGGGGACUGAAACUUACGUUUGUGUUUUAUGUGGCCAUCUGGUUGACAAGGACGGAAGCCUAUUCAUCUACAAGAUACAAAUUGAGGGACCAUGUGUUGGAUGCCCUUCUUUUGUUGGUCACACAUCCGUAACAUGGCCCAUGCGAAAAGACUACUUUGGUAAAAUUUCUUUGGAAAGAUCCAGUUUGCAAUUCACUCCAGAUGGGCGAUGUCUUGUUUUACUUGACAGCAUUAAAACACCUUACUGCAGGCAGGGGAGUAUCGAUUGUUCAUGCUUCACAUGUACAUCAAACUGCUCAGAGGAGAAUACAGUGAAGAUUGUGGAAGUAAAACUCGGUUAUGUUUCAGUGGUGGCAAGAUUGAAAGCAGUAGACAGUUUAGAAUGUAUAUUGGUUUGUAAACCCAACAAUAUUGUUGCUGUUGGAGAAAGUGGGAGACUGCAUCUGUGGGUUAUGAACUCAAUGUGGAGUGCACAGAUAGAGAAUUAUGUUCUGCCAGCUGAAGAUUGCAUCUCCCCUGGAAUAGUGGAGUUGAAGGGAAUUCCAAAUUGUACUCAUAUAGUUGUUGGCCAUAAUGGUUGUGGUGAAUUCAGUCUAUGGGAUAUUUCUAAACGCAUCCUUGUGUCAACGUUCUCUGCAUCAAGCACUUCAGUCUGUCAAUUCAUUCCUGUCAGUUUGUUUACUCGGCAAAUACAGUGCCCUGUUUCCGGCUACUCUGAUAUAGAAGAACACCUCAAGCAAAUGAUGCCUGCCACAUGUGAUGGCCAAUUUUCCUUGGAGGGGGAAGACCUUGCUGUCUGGCUUCUUGUCUCAUCAUCUUCUGAUUUUGAUAGUCAAGACUAUAUGUCCGGUGAUUGUGACUUAAACCCAGUGGGAAGGUGGAGGCUUGCUCUAAUGGUGAAAAAUACGAUGAUCUUCGGAAGUACAUUGGAUCCAAGAGCUGCUGUUGUUGGUGCAUCGGCUGGUCAAGGGAUCUGUGGUACUAGUGAUGGACUUGUGUAUAUGUGGGAGUUAUCAACAGGAACUAAACUUGGCGAUAUGCAUCAUUUUAAUGGUGGCAGUGUUUCUUGUAUUGCUACCGAUGACUCGAGGUCGGGUGCUGUGGCCGUAGCUUGUGACAACCAAUUGCUGGUUUAUAUGCACUCUGAAAAACAAUCUGUAAACUAACAAGCAAACAAGUAAGCUUUUUGUGAUCUUACACUUGAUGCAUGAAAGUAGUCCAUAUAUGUAUCAGCGUAUCUUACACU